AUGCAAUCGACGCCCCAGCACGACUCAGCGCCGCAAGUCGGCAGCUACAACGACGACGCCGCGGGUCUCACGCUCGGCAAGUGGGAAGCCGGCAUCUUCAGCUGCUUUGACGCCGUCGUGCCCAACUGCUUCAUGCCGACCUGCUGCCCGUGCGUGUCGCUCGCGCAGACGACGCACCGCCUCGGCUUGUACUCGUACUCGAAAGUGCUCAUGGCGUACGGCGGCCUCUGGGUCUGCAUGAUGCUCUGCUCCGUCUUGGCGAGCGUCUCGACGAUCUUCUCGAUCGUGCAGCUCGCCUUGUACGUCGUUGCGUUCGUGCGCACGCUGCUGCAGAUCCCGGGCACGCAGGCCGAAGACUGUCUCUACUCGUUCUUCUGUGGCUGCUGCUCGCUCGCGCAAAUGGCGACGCAGGCGAAGGCGUACGACGCUGGUCAGUGCUCGUUUGGCGCCAAGGACACGCUGCCGGCGUACACCAUGGCGUAA